AUGAGCAAGAAUAUCAUCGAUCCAACCGCCGACUGCUUUGUCGAAUUGACCUUGGAAAAAAUUAAAAUAAUGCUCCAAUCCCUUCUCGAUCCCCGUCAGACCUGUGGCACCAUCAAUUUGCCAACCUGUUCCCGUGCCUUCCGUCCCCUUAAUCUCCCCAACCUUUCCUUUAAUAUACCCGAAAAUAUCAUUAAGAUUCUGCUUGGCUUCAAACUUCCCGCCAAGCUUCCCAAUCGCCGAGUCAACUUCACUGACUUUUUCGUUAAGCGGACUCUGGAUAUGCGUCUUAAAAUUAACUUCAAGCUCACCCGACGCCUUCGUAAUUUUGUUAAUAUGUUCCUUAUCCAAGUCAUCCUUCUUACUUUUAAGCUCUUUCAAUUGACCACUUACAAUGCCACUGUCGACAUUACUAGUAUCAACCUGCUGGUUAAGCUUCAAAAUAUUCCCCUUCAAACUCUGCAAAUCACUCUUCACUUUCUCAUCCAGUCUCUCAACUUCCAACUGCUCGAUCACACUCCCUAUCCCAUCCUUAAUCUUAUCUUUCACACUCUUCAAAUCCCUCUUGAGAUCUCCGUCCAUUUCCACAACAGCCUUCAGUGCCUCGUCCACCUUCUGCUUUACAGCCUCUUUUGCUGCAUUCGCCGCCUUCAGAAGGUCAAGCCCUUUUUGCUUUAA